AUGACAGUCAGCAUAAAAAGUCGUACGUAUAAACUUAGUAUUAACUAUAUUCUUCUGAUUGAACGUGCGAUCACGGGUGUGCGUGUGAAUGGUAUCGGACCGUUGAUAGCCUCCUCACCAACCACGCAUCACGAUCCCAAUUUAUCCGGUAUCCAACCGAUCGACAUCCAUCAAUAUUCACAAAGUCAAGCAUUAUGGUCGAACAUCGAUAACGGCACCAGUAAUCAAAUACCCGUCGGUCAAAUACGACCAAUCCUACAUAGUAAUGCGUCGUCGAUCACUCAUCACCCUUCCACUAUGCACCCUUCCUAUCCUCAAAUGAUGCCACCAGCAUACACGGACCUAUCGAACGAUGUGAUUAACGCUUAUGGUCUAUCGUCAGCAAGUAAUCAUCAUUAUAAUGUGAAUAUGGAUAAUGAAUUGGAUUUCUCACCUCAGAUUAAUACAUCAGACCUAUCGUCGCCUUCUUGUUCUGAUUGA